AAUGAAUAUUCGUGUAUGCUCCGCCCACUGGAAAACAAUUUCACAGGAACUGAAGAUACUGACCGGUGUCGUUUGCUACUGUUGGACGUGAGGGUUAUGAAGCACUUCAUACGGACGGAAGGAGGAAGUGGAGACAGUUUGCGGUUGACGAGGAAAAGAAAGUGAAAUAACAGUUCAUAACUGUUUGCAGGAUUCGUGGGAGUCUGGCCUCAGGCACAGUGUUUGUCCAGUAAGUGGUGGACGAGCAGGAGGGAAUGUUUGGCAGGAAAAACAAGCGAGCAGCACCGCAGAAAGGCCAAGGCGCAGCUGCAGCCAAACAGAUGGGGUUGUUGCUUGAUUUCAAACCAGAUGAUAUGAUGGUCAUGGACCAAGACAUGGAUGACCCCGAUUUAGAAGCAGAAUUUGCUGCUAUUGUUGGGAAGAAACCACUGCCUGCUGCAACAGGGAAAAAGGCUGGUAAAGAAGAAAGAAAGUCAUACACAUCUGGGAUGGCACGAGGAUUCACUGACAUUACUUUUUAUGAUAAAGCCCCAUUACCAAUGGAGGAUAUUGCAAAAAUGGCAGAGGCAUGCAUGAAAGAUGUUGAUGAUGAUGACGAUGACAAUCUGGAAGAUGACGAAGAUCUCUUGGCUGAGCUACAGGAAGUGGUUGAAGAGGAGGAAAUAGAAGACUCAGGUGCCGCAAUCUCAUCCUCCCAUGUUAGUGCCAAAAUUCCUUCAACAGAACCGGCACACCAGGUCUCCUCAGUGCCUGGGAGCAUUGAACACACCUUAGAGGAGAGAAUAAACAUGUAUAAAAUGGCUAUUGCAAAUGCCAAGUCCGCAGGGGAAUCCUCUAAAGCCCGGAGAUAUGAGAGAGGCCUUAAGACACUACAAACUAUGCUGGUGUCAGCACGGAAAGGAGGGAAGACUGACGAAACGGAGAUUCCCCCGCCAGUUGCAUGUGGGGCCUCUAGUGGUCCCGAUUGGCCUCUUGCCCCACCAGCAACAUCACCUGAUCAGCAUGGGGAGUCUGAUAGCGCUGUUGAGAUCUCUCCUGUCUCAGUGGAAACCGUCCAUGUUGUCAUGGAUCCAGCACCAAACUCUAGAGAGGAGUCCUCUGGUGUAACCUCUCCAGCUUCCCUGUCAUCUCCAGAAGAGGAACAUGCAGGACAUGCUGCUGAAUCAUCCUCAGACUCUCCAGUCAGACAGCCCACAAAAGACAUUCUGCUGGAGCGACAGAGAGAGUACAGGAUGGCAGCCGUCAAGGCCAAACAAGCAGGAGAUAUUGAUCAAGCCAAAAUGCACGUGAAGGCCAGCAAGGGAUUCGAUGCAGCAAUUGAGGCUUUGGAGAAAGGCCAGUCGGUGGACAUGAGCUCCCUCCCUCCUUCUUUGACUCAAGUUACUCGUGUCGCACCUCAGGCAGCUGUUAAAGUCUCAACUUCUGCUCCUGAAGGGCAAGCUGACAAUGUUUCUGGCCCGGCUCAGCCCAAAACUAUUCUUGAAGCUUUGGAACAGAGGAUGGCCAAAUACAAAGAGGCCUUCACACAAGCUAAGGCCAGCGGGGAUGAUCGCAAGGCCCGCAUGCAUGACCGCAUCACUAAGCAAUACCAGGCUGCCAUCCGUGCCCAUAAAGCAGGUCGAGCAGUCAAUUACGAUGAACUUCCAGCCCCUCCAGGUUUUCCUCCAAUCCCAGGCCAGAAGGCCACUUCACCAGAGCAAGGAUUGGAUGCUGUGCUGGAAAUGGCCAAUAAGCUGACAUCUAAUGAAGCUGAUGCUGGUGCUGAGGAGGAAGCUGGAUAUGGGGAGGAGAAGGUGGCAGAAAAACCCUGCCCCGUAUUGAUGAGCAGUGAGAUCGCAAGGAGAGAGCAGACUGCAAAAGUAGACAACCAGAAGAAGCCCACUCUUGCAGUACAGCCAAUGGUACAGGAGCCCAAGAGGACCCCUUCCCCAGACAGGACAUCCAAAAGGGGGAGUCUGCCUGAUACUUCUCAGCAGCUGCUGGAGUUUCUGGAGGGCCGCAAAAAACAGUACAUGAAAGCAGCACUGCAGGCAAAGCAGAAGAAUGAUCUAGAGCAGGCCAAGACCCUCCUGCGCACAGCCAAGGGUUUGGACCCCUUGAUAGAAGCAGUGUGCAGCGGCAAGACAGUGGACAUAAGCAAGGUACCAUCACUACCUGGAGAUGAGGACUUCAUCCUGGUUCAUCACAGUGAUGUUCGGAUCUCUGAGAAGGCUGAGGAGGUCUACACUCAACUUAACAAACUACUCAAAGAGCAACAUGAGAAAUGUGUAACAUACUCCAAGCAGUUCACGCACAUGGGGAAUGUUGCAGAGACGACCAAAUUCGAGAAAAUGGCCGAACAAUGUAAAAAGAGUCUGGAGAUCCUUAAGCUGGCUCACAACAGGGGGCUUCAACCUCCUAAACAUCAUUUUGAGGAGAGAACAUACCGCACUGUCAGGAUAUUUCCAGAGCUUAGUAGUACAGACAUGGUUGUAGUCAUUGUCAGGGGGAUGAACCUCCCUGCUCCCUCUGGUGUUGCAUCAAAUGACCUGGAUGCCUAUGUCAAGUUUGAAUUCCCAUAUCCCAGUUCAGAUCAACCUCAGAAACAUAAAACAUCAGUAAUCAAAAAUACCAACAACCCAGAGUAUAACCAGAACUUCAAGCUGAACAUCAACCGUAACCACCGUGGCUUCAGGAGAGUGGUACAGUCUAAAGGCUUAAAGCUGGAAGUGCUGCACAAAGGUGGCUUCCUGAGGAGUGACAAGCCAGUAGGAACAGCCAACCUUAAACUGGAAAAACUGGAAGCUGAAAGUGAAUUGAGGGAAAUAGUUGAGGUUAUGGAUGGGCGAAAAGCCACAGGUGGUCGUCUGGAGGUGAGGGUGCGUCUCAGAGAGCCUCUGAGUGGGCAGGAUAUCCAAACAAUCACAGAACGAUGGCUGGUGCUGGAAGAGCCACAGGUGCUGCUGUAACUGGCACUGUGAUGUACAGAACUUCUUCUCAAAGUUCCAAGGUCUAAACAGCUUCUUCAAAGUGGAUGAAGAUAUGGAGGGUGAAAUCUCCACAGUGCUGCAAGCCUCAAGCACUUGCCACUAGAUGGAUAUCGCCAGGAAAUUUCUCAACACACUCUCUGUGCUUUGAGCCAUUUACGGAGACACAUCGUCACUUACAGGCUUGUUUUUAUCAGGGUAGAAGAGGAUGUAAUAGUUGAGGGUGAUUAAAAAUACAAUAGAUAUUAAUAAGGGGAGCAGGAACACUUGCGUGAGAUUAAUAUUCCUUUUAAAUCUGCCUUUUGAGAUGGAUUGCCUCUUGAUUUUAUAAUAACCGCUCACCCCAACUGUUACGUUAACGCAUUGGAGUUGAAGCCAAUGAGAGCUAACCUUUUUUUUCUGCUCUGGGAUGCACUUACGCCAAAGUAAUCACUGUUGCUGCAGUAAGAUGAAUGACUUAAUCUGUUCUCCCUCGUACUAGGAACCUGUGGCUGCCAUACCAUUAACACCAAUGUGUGAUUGCUAUGAAAAUGAGGUAAAUGCGAUUAGCUAUGCAAAAAGGUUUGCAUUUGCAUCCCAAACAUUUUGUCAGACAUUUCAAAACUUGUUUACAACCUAUUUAAAUUCUCUGCACGGUUUAACAUGGGUUGAUUGUGCAUAGGUCGUGCCAGAGUACUGUCGUUAUAUAUUAUUCCAUAUAAAUGCCAUAGAAUAGCUUUUGCUAAUUGAAGAAGAUGUGAAUUAUUCAUUAAAGGUUCCAAAUAGUAUUGAGCUUGUAAGCUUGAAUAAGCUUUUUCAGCACUUUGUUGACAAUCACUUGUGUAUCUUCUGAGGUCUAAAGAGCCAGUUUGGUUAAUACUUAGCAAAGGUAGUCUUAUGCAUUCAUUUGUAUAAAUAAAUAAAAGUCCCUUUCAUUAUUUAUGAGAGUUAAAAUUGUUUGGGUUAUAACCGCUGUUGCACUUCAUGGUCUUGUCCUGUAGGGAUUGCAAAUUUCUCAAGGCGCUUUACAUUGUGUUUACAUUGCGGUCUAGUGUUUACCUAAGAUUUAAGACACACGAUUGCCACCUUAUGGCUUCAUUUGCCAUAGCAAUGACCUUAGAAAUCUGUUGUUUAAUAUUUACUUCACAAGUCCAAAAUUACCUCAUUUACACUCUUGAAAGACUCCGUUUUGGGAUAUGUUGGAUUUAAAAUUUGUAAGAAUUGACCGGCUUUUCAUUUUUAGGCCUAGAUAAUGUGCAAUCUAGGUCAGCAAGUCUAGUUCUUAUUCUGUAUAGCUCUGUCCAUUCAUUUCACUUAGAUCUUCCCAUCUCAUGUGAAUUAUUUGGUUUUUAAACAGCUCUGGCACAUUCAUUAUAUUUUUGUUUCUUUCAUCAAUAUCUGGGCUUAUUCUGAAAACUGACUCUUAGUUGUCUGGUCAAGUUACUCAUACCAUAAACUAUUGUAUUCUCUUUCCAUUUCACAAAGUUUGUGAACUUUCAGCUGUUUUUUUUAUUAAACGUGAGAAAUGAAGAACUGUAGUUCCUGAAAUUUUUCUUCGACUUCUCAUUAAAGGAAAUGUUUCCUUUUAUUCUAACCUACAUUGCAGUUUCUCAAUGUUGCAAGAAAUUAUUUUCAGCAUCAUAUUGUGCAAAGAUAGCAUAUUUUUGUAUACUCAACAGGUUUGAUAAAGACUGCUUUUAUUGACAUUUGUAGUGUACAAGAAAUGUUGUAUACUUUUUAUUUUUGGCUUUUCAUACAUUGCAAAUUCACUUCCAUUUUGCCCAUGUCAAUUUUUUUAGUGUAUAAUCACAGGUCAAUCCAAUCCGUAAUGUCUGAAUAGUUUGUACAAAUAUGUUCUUCCAAGCAGAUCCACACCUCUGAAAUGUUGCUCCAAAAUGCAAAGGUUUCUGGAAAACUACUGUAAGUUCUUGUUGGUUUCAGCAUGCAUGCUGUCCUGUUACUGGUUCAGGAGGACUGUCAAAAAUAAAGGCUAUGGCAAACAAAACAAUAACAGGUUAUAAUUUUGGAUAUACAAAAAUGCACACCUGGAAAGAAUGCCAAAGUUGAAUGCAGAGUAACAAAGGGGUGUUUUGGGCUGCGGGAAGAUAAUGCAGCUUUCAUGUAAUGCCAUUUAUUUUUAAUGAACAAUCUUUUUCCAAAGCUGUCAGCAUUCUUCAGCUAAACACAUGAUUUAUGUCUCAACUAUUGACCUGCUACAGUAGGUCUGUGAGGUUCACUUGCUGUGGAUAUUUAUAUCAGCUGCUGUCCUCAUUCAUCAGAUGCUCUGAAUGCAUCUCACUGAGCUCACAGAAUGACACUGCCAUUUUAAAGUCAUUAUGCAAAAUAGGAGAAUAUGAUACCAUGCCACCUUAACUCUCUGUCUGGUGCUCUGUUAUCUGAUUAAAAGAUUAACUACAAUUUGAUUGUCAUUGUCAAGGUUCUACUUCAGUUUAGGUCAUUUUAAUUAUUGACUUGUUAACUAAAAAGCUAUGGUUAACAAAGCCAUUCUGCGGCGUCACAGUGCCUUUAUUUCAGUUUAGCAUGAUUGACAAUGAGUGCGUAUACAUGCACAAUCUUACACCGAUUAUGCGUACUAAGCCGACAAUGUGCAAGGUCGUGUAAAUGGCCUAAACAGUUUUCCUUUGUCAGGGUAUAAGGUCAUAAACAGUUUAAGCAUAAACUAAUCGCCACAUAUACAGUAGACUUUAGCCCGAUUUCGUUCUGCAUGUAAACACCAUUACCAGCGUUGUCGUAAAGGGUAUAGCUGUAGACAGAGCUCCAAAAAGGGGCAGGAGCUCCAAAUCACCAGCAAAGAUAUAGGGAGCACCAUACCUAACCAUAACUGUCUGUGGAGGCGUCACCCCCUUUUAGAGUAACCCCACCCCCUUCUGGAGAAACCACACCCUAUUUGGGAGAUUCUACCCCAUUUGGCGAUCUCCGUACUGCAGCUAUACCCACUUGGUGUUGUCACCAGCUUAUCCAAUGUAUGCAAGUUUUGUGCGCAUUCCUGUUUACGUUUUCACGUCAAAAGCUAAUCCCAUGUAAGCACGGUUUUCUUUUGUUUUUGUUUUUUUAAGCUGAUUUUUGGUUAUUCAAAAAAUUGGUGAGUAUGCAAAUGCACUCCAUAAAUCCAACUGACCUUGGAAUAUGAUGUCUGAUGAUGGGCAUAUCAGUUUCUGAAAUUUGAAAUCAAAUGCCCCUUUCUCUGAAAAUGUUAUCGACGAUGCCCCACAUACUGUACAUUGAGCUCCUUAUCGUAUAUUGAUAGUUAUCUAUUUUGGAAGAGUGUCAGUAUUAUACCAGAUAACCACAGAAGGCAAUCAAUUUUCUGAAUGAAAAAUCAAGUUCAUUAAAACAAUAAGCACUGCUCAUGAAGAAAGUUACAUUUUUAUAACACAUUAUAUCUGUAAAAGAAACAAACAUUUUGGGGAAAACCGCUGAUAUUUACUCAACUAAAGCAUAUUAACAAUAUUCAUAGCAGCACUACAGAAGCGCUGUUUCAAGACAUAAUAUAUCUUUAAACACUGUGAGAAACCCAUUGAGUUAAUGACCCCGAGUUGUCAAUUUAAUUAAUGACUUGGAGACCUCGUGCCAAAAUCCAAACUUUCCUCUUAUUAUCAACUAAAAUAGCAUCCAUCUUUCAAGAACCCUUAAAUCUCAGUUUCCACUCUUCGGUAGGGCUGCAACUAACAAUUAUUUUGAUAAUGGAUUAAUCUAACGAUUAUUCAUUAGCUCUUAACCGAUUAUUCAGCUUGUGCCCGACUUAAAAGUUUGUAUUAAACGUGCUUGCAAACAAUAAAGAGGACAAAAUCAUCUUUUAAAAAUACCUCUAAACGACAUUCACUGAAUUAAAGGGAAAAAAUAAUUUUUAUUAAGUUUAAUUCAGUAAAGAAAUUCACUGCAAAAAAAAUCCUAUUGUUAUCAAGUGUUUUUGUCUUGUUUUCCAUUUAAAAUUGAUACAUUUACUUGAAGCAACAUAUAAGAUAUUUACACUUACUUUAAAAUAAUGUAUCUUAAAUAUAAGUGUAUUUUGUAUAUAAGUAUAUUUUUUCACUUGGUUAUACUUCUGUGUGCAGUAAAGACAAAAUAUACUUAUAUUCAAGAUCUAUUCUCUAAAAGCAAGUCUAAAUAUAUUAUAUGCUGCUUCUCAGGUGAAUUAAUCUUUUUUUUUUUGAAAGGAUUUUUAGAUAUUUUAAAAUAUGUGCAUUUUUAAUAUUAUAUUCAACAUUCUCAGAUAACAAUGUUUUCUUCUGCAGUAUAGCUGCUAAAGGAAUUGUACUUUGUUUUAAAGGAGUUUUAGAUAUUUAUAUUGGAAAACAAGUCAAAACAAAAACAAAUCAAAAACGUAUUUUGUUGCAGUGUAUAAUGGGGCAAAGACUACCCUCUCUCACCUUUCUGUUCACUUCAAUCCAUCUUUAACUCACAAAAAUCAAACAAA